AUGGAAUUAAAAGUUGAUGCUGAAAUUCCACUUCCUGGAGGAUCAGAAAUAAAAACAGUAUUAUCGAUUGAAUUGCAACCGGAAGAAAUCGGUCCAGCAUUACAAUUCUUAGAAUUUUGCCGUACUUUUGGAGAGAUUAUUGGACUCAAGAAAGAUGAGUCGCGGUUCAUUCUUAGAGACAUGGUUCGUGGGGGGCAUGGGCGUCAAGGGAAAUUUUCUCCGGUUGCAAAUUUUUUUGUUCAUUUACUAUCAUUACUGCAAUCAAAUUCGGGAGAAAGGUCUACCGUGAUAAGUAAUUCUUCAAGCCAUAAAAAUUCAUGGCUUCGUGCACUCCACAAAUAUCUUUUUGAAUCAAAUUAUCUAUGUAAACAACUAAAGUUAGAUCAGUUUGAUGGAGGAACAGAUAGUUACGAUAGACUGAACUCAAAUGAAAGAUUAAAACUUUUGAACUUUGAGAAUCAAUUCAAACAGCAGAUGAAGGACGAGAUGGCUCAAGGUGCAAAAAAUUGCAUUCCACUUUCCGAGCAUAAAGACAUAGUAUCUAAAUAUAAGAUGCAAGUAGUCAAAGCUCAUAAUGAGAUGCUGCAGUCAAAAGAAAUGUUGUGCACAGAAAAACAACAUUGCAAAGCUAUUAGGACAAAUCCUAUUCUGGUAGACACCGAAGGCCACUCAUUUUGGAGAUUGAAGGGUUUUGAUGAUGAGAUUAAUGUUUUACGUCAAGAUUUAAGUCUCCAACAUGAAUCUGAGUCUAGUGAAAAAUGGUUCACAUAUGAAAAGCAGCAGAAAGAGAUUAAGAAAUAUUUAUCUUACAGGUAA